AUGGUUUGUCUUACAACUUUUGAGAGCAAUAGUGAUUCGAAUUGCAUAAAUGUUGUUAAUCAUGAGGAACUUUCUGAAGGGCUGGUUGAAAUAGGUGGUGUAGCUAAUAUGAGGAAUCUACAAUCUGGUAAAUCAACUCUUCGGGAGCAAAACAACAUGAUGUCGAAUGUGUCCGGCUCUGAUGAUGCACUGAACAAUAGCUCUGAUGAUGCACUGAACAAUUCCAUUAAUACCAACGUUGGUGAUGAAGAAGAGCCACAUAUACAAGAUUUUCAGGAAUCGGUUCGUAGUACUUAUUAUCAUUCACCGAAUGGCACUAGAUAUUGGAUACCCAAUGUAUUGGAAGCGUAUAGACCUGUUUUGGGUACGGUAUUUGCUAAAGAGGAAGAUGCAAUUUCCAUGUAUCAGUCAUAUGCUGAGAAAGCUGGGUUUGAUAUUAGGUUGUCGACACCUAAGAAAUCAAAAGAUGGUACUGUUAGACUUAGGUAUGUUCUUUGUAGUAGAUCGGGAAAGCCCAAUUGCCAAAAUGUUGAUUCAAUGCUUUUGAAGUCAUCCUCCAAGUUGCCUCGUAGCAGUAAUUACAAGGUUUCAGACUGUAAAGCUAAAAUAAAGGUUAAAGUUUUCAAGGGUUAUCCUGGUUUACGGUUAUAUGAAUUUGUUGAGUCUCAUAAUCACCCGUUAGUUUCAUUUGAGAACAUGGAUUUGACGCGCAAGAGGCGGCAACUAGAAUUUAGCGACCAAGAUUUCAUUCAUAGGUUAAGUUUAGCUAAAGUUGGCCCGUCAACUGCCUUUAAGAUGCAAGCUGUUUUGAAAGGGGGACAACACAACGUCCGUGGUACCAACAUAGAAUACAAAAAUUUCAGCAAGGAUUUAAGAGCUUUCAUUGGUAAAGGAGAUGCUCAAAUGGUUGUAAAUAUGAUGGAUAAACGUAAAGUUAAUUUAGAAAAUUACUAUUGCCAUUACAUAAUUCGUCAUGGAGAGCUUAGGUCCUUAUUUUGGGCAGAUGAGGUUAUGAAGUGCAAUUACAGAGUUUUUGGCGAAGUGUUAGCUUUUGAUGCCACCUACAGUACUAACCAGUAUAAUAUGAUUUUUGUUCCUUUUACGGGGGUUGAUCACCAUAAGAAUUGCGUAACAUUUGCGGCUGCUCUUCUUUAUGAUGAAACUAUUGAGUCGUUCACAUGGAUGUUGGAACAAUUUCUUGAAGCACAUGGUAAACAAUCGCGGCUAGUGUUAACCGACCAAGACCCGGCAAUGAAACAAGCCAUAGCUAAAGUUUUCAAUGAAUCUGUCCAUCGUCUAUGUAUGUGGCAUAUUAUGGAUAAACUUCCUCAUAAGAUUGAUGGUGAUGUGUUACAGAAUACCAACUUGAGGCGUCACAAGUGGUUGUCUGAUAUGUUUUCUAUUAGAGAUCAGUGGGUCCCAGGUUAUUUUAGGGACAUGCCAAUGUGUUGUUUAAUGAAAACAACGUCUAGAUGCGAAAGUUCAAACGCACUUUUUAAGGUAAACUCUAGCGCAUCGAAUACUUUGGUUCAGUUUAUGUUGUGUUUUGAGAUAGCAAAUGAUGGUCAACGCUACCGGCAACGGGUUUCUGAGCAUAAAACCGAAUCAACUUCUGCCGCCUUAUCCACUCCGUUACCUAUAGAAGUACAUGCAGCACUUGUAUACACCAGAAGCAUUUUUAAGGAGGUCCAAAAGGAGAUAUCUAAAGCCUUUUAUCAUGUAUGA